AUGACGAGCACUGGCACGACUGCCGAGCCCAGUCUACUGUCCCGUCUCUCUCCAGUGGUGCCUGCUUCGACUGUCAAUGGCGUGAACAACGAGGCAGGCGAACAGAAGGCCAAUAAGCCAAAGAGUCCUCGAAACCGACAGAGACCUCCUCGCAAUGCUGCCAAAACACAGCCAGACCAGAGCAACGCGCCUGACUCUUCUGCAGCUACAGUACCGGUGACCGUACGGACGCAAGAUGCCGUUGCGUCUGCACCACGACUUGCUAGUGGCAGCAAAUGGGCUCCAUCUGCAUCGACCCCAGAGCCAGUCGCAGCGCAGAAGAGCAAGACACUAGCUUCUUCCCGAUGGUCGCAACCGGCUGAAGUGGCGCCUAUGCCUGCACAGCCAGAGCAGCACAGUGCGCCCGUCAAGGUCAACAUACGCGGUUCUGCACGCACCCAUCCAGCAGAGUCUGCGCCCGCCUCUCGACAUGCACACAAGCCCAAUAAUGCUCAUGCAGGACAUAGCCCAAAGAGCGAAGCGAGCACGUCCAAGCCGGCUGCGAAUGGCGGCGAUCAAGGCGUCAAUGCGCUGCUGGCCAGUCUCAAGGGCACUCAUCUCACUAGCUUGGGCGCCAGAGUAGCAGAGAGGCAGAAGCGCGAAGAGAGCGUGAUCGAGCAGAAGCGGUCUGCUGAGCGGGAGAGACUGGAGCGAGAAGCAGAGCAAGUGAGAUUGCACGAAGCUCAAGCUGAAGCGGCCAGAGUGCAAGCUGAACAGAGAAAGACAUCCAAUGCUGCGAGGAAACAAGCUGCGGCUGAACGACGAAAGGCACAGCGGGAGAAACAGCCCCGAGCUGUCGAGCCGAGCAUACCACAGCCAACACAGGCGUCACAAGACAUCUCGAAGAUAGCGCCCCAUGCCACGACAAUAGUGACGACGGCGAAAGACACAGUAGGACAGACAGAUUGGUCAGAGCUCAACGAUGACGACGAGGGAUUGCCCGAGAUACCGACUUGGUAA